AUGUCGCUCAAGGACCUCGAUAACAGCAUAGAACAGGCGUGCGACUCAUGCCGAAAGCGAAAGCUUCGCUGCACCAAGGAACUGCCCAAGUGUCUCAAGUGCUCCAACCACGACUGGGAAUGCGUUUAUUCGCCCAGAAUGGUGCGGUCUCCAUUGACCAGAGCCCAUCUCACUCAGGUUGAAAAACGGGUGCAGCAGCUAGAAAAUUUACUUGUUAAACUGAUUCCGGAGGACGUGUCCAUCGACCAGUACCUAACCUCUAACGGAGUGGUGCCCAUUGUUUUGGGCAACCAUUCUGCCGAAUAUUCUGACGAAGAACAAAAUUCUUCGCCGAGCUCGCUGAAUUCUUCGACGUUGGACUCGAUGGACAUGGAGCAUCCACCCAAGUUCUCGAGAUCCAACUCGUUCAGCGAUUACGACGAGUUCGACAGCUUUCAGCUGCCCAACUUGAAGACCCAACUGCAAUCGAACUUCAUCCAGGACCAGUUUGUGCUCUCGUUUUUUAAAAAUUAUCACGAGAUCCACCCUGUUCUCAAGAAAGACACUUUUCUACAAUGUUUCAGGGGAGAAGUGACUAUUCAGAACGAAACCAACUGGAAGAUCCUGCUGAACGUGGUGCUUGCAAUCGGAUGCUGGUGCCUAAACGGCGAAAAUUCCAAGAUCGACCUCCACUAUUACCAGUGUGCCAAGGAGUCGCUCAAGCAGAUCGUGUUUGAAUCGGGCAACUCAUCAAUUCUCACCUCGCUGAUCCUGCUGAGUAACUACACGCAACUCAGAAACAAGCCCAACACUUCCUGGAAUUAUCUGGGGCUUGCUGUAAGAAUGGCCAUGUCGCUAAACCUACACAAGGAUGCACUGGCCAGCGGGAACUACAAGCGCAAGCUCUGGUGGAUCCUGUACAAUUUCGAUUUGAACUUUUCGAUCACGUUCGGCCGGCCUAUUAACUUGCCCGAUCUCAGCGUUGUUGACUGCAAGACUACCGGAUGCCUGGACACACACGACGAGAAGCUGGCACUUUUGGACCAGGACACCAAACUGUCGAUGAUGAUCACGCCCAUCUACAGCAGGCUGAUAUCGAAGAAACAGCUUUCGGUCCAGAACUGUCUGGAUUUCAACAGGUCGCUGAUGUGCCAGGACUUCUCCACGAUCGACUUUAAAUCUACAAAUUUGGCCGAGUGGAAGCUCUACUGGCGAGUCAAGAAUUUCCAGAUCGUUUUGUUCCGGCCGUUUGUGUGGAAAAACGAGUCUCCAGAUGCCUACAAUGUGUGCAUGGCCGCUGCCAACGACACCAUCGACACCAUCGACAUGUUCGUGAAGAGGACGGUCCAGGACGAUAUCGGAAAGCAUCCAUCCGUUCUUGCCGUGUGGUACCUGACCCAUUACGUGUUCCAGGCCGGGCUCAUCCCUAUUGCGGCAUUGUGCUCGGAGUCGAACCUCAACUCGGCCAGAUCGGCCGGAUGGAUAGAGUCUAUUGGAAAGGUCAAGGGGGUUUUGGAAUCGAUCUCUCGGUGGAACUCGACCGCGACGAAGUUCAUUAAGAUCAUCGAAAAACUCACCGGCAAGUACGUUCGGGCCACUGCGCGUCCCAAAUUCGUGUCGUUACCAACAAGUGGAACAAUCACACCCUCGUUGUUCUCUAGCAGUGCCUCCAACAGUACCACCAACAUGGCCAACUCCAAGUUGUUCAAGUCAAAAAGCACGAACUCGAUUCCUGCGCAGCGCCUGAAGCAGCUCAAGAGACAGAAACAACACGUACAUGGCGAACAGCCAUAUCCAAUGAUCAACACCGUACCCACCUCGCCGGUUCUUCUAUCGACGGCGUCGCACGAAGAGGAGCUCGAUAUCGACUGGAAGAUGCUGGAUACAUUUACCACAAACCUCAUGGAUGAGGCCACCUUCAAGCUACAGAAGUACAAGGAUGAGAAACUGGGGUUUGACUCGAUCAUGGAGGACGAGGUCAAGAGAGAGGACGACGAUCUUUCUCCUGUGAAGAAGGAGGAGGAUGCUGUUUACUCGAUGUUGUUUGAUGAUUUCAUGGAGAUGAAGUGA